AUGCGGGAGCUACAGGUUCCUGUGGCAACGUACCUCUAUGACCAAAGAGUUGAGCUUUCAGCUUUCCUCGAUGAGCACUUCAUCAGCGCUGCCUCACAACUGCGCUGCUUCCUGACGCCUUUGUCAGGUGCAUCGCGCACACCUCAAUGGGGGCAGUUCCUGCUGCACUGUUCCUCCUCGGCAGCAGCACUGAAAGCAGCUACGCUUCUGCUCUUCGAAUGCCGUGGCGUCAGAGCG